CCGAAGGCAGAGGCUUUAACCCACUGAGCCACCUUGGCGCCCCAAUGGGGAGAUUUUUAAACAUUUUUUAAACAGUUAUAAUUUUUGAUAUAUUCUUACACGUUUCAUACAAUAUUUUAUGUUUGGGGGCAGCACUUGGAGGAGCCACACUGUCAUUUCACUGCGUCCGUCAGGGUCCCUCCCCUCAUCACCAGCUACAUGCUGGCCCCAGUGCUGGGCACUGGUUCCUUUAAAAUGGUCAAAGCUACAAAGCAAAUUGUGGUACCCUUAAAAUAUUUAGCUAUUUUUUUUUAUAUGAAACUGCUUUCCAUGUCUUGGCAGUUUGCAAGAGUGAUAAGUAAAACCAAGUUUAUGAAUUGGAGAAGAUUGUACAUUAAAAUAUCGAGAAUGUUUUUAUUUUUUCUCACAAGCUCUCGCAGAAUUUUCAAGUCUAUGACAAUUGCGUCUCGUUUGCUUUAACAGAGACCUUUUGUUCCGUGGGAGCGCGCGAGCUCUCUCUGACGACUGACGACUUUACCGCUCAGAUCUCUCCGCUCGCCUGGUCCGUUGGCCUCACAGAAGCUGUGGUCAGGGUUUCCCGUCGGGUCUCCUGCCGGCGUGCUGGCUGCCUGCUUCUGGGGUGCUUCUCAGUAGCGUAGCUCGGGCGCACAGUCUUGUAGGUCUGCUUUGUGCUGUUCAGUCGUGACCGCUGUUCCCCGCGCUUGAAGGUGCCUGUGGCCGACUGUCAGCACCUGGGUGCUGUGUCCUGUGGGCCUAGCCCCCGUCAGGUGUCCUGGAGGCUUUCUGUGGGAAGGCCCACCCCGUCCGCGGUCCUGGAAACUCUUGGGCCCAUCUGAGCUGGCACCGUGGAGCUGCAGGAUUGCAGCCUGGUGCCCUGACCCCAGCCCCGUAUUUUGCCUCUGAAGGGGUCACUUGGGUCAGGGUGUGUGAAGGCCAAGGAGGUGUUUGUGGCACUCAGCUGAGACCUGACUUGGGAGAGGCCGGCAGGUGGACAGCUGGAGGGGAAAUCUUGAGACAGAAGAGACAUCCGAGGUGAGGAGAAACAGCUCUUUUCUUAGAGCCAGGAGCAAGCCAGCAUGGUGGGUGCGGAAUUGAGAUUUGUUGGCCUUGAGGGCCGCCGUGCCGCCGGGCCCGGGGGAGGCUGCCCUUCGGGAAAGAGGUGGUGUGGGCAGUCUGUGGUGUCCUCACCACUGUCGGGGGGUGGGGGUUUGGUUUCUAGAUUGUUUUGUAGAUUUGUGUGAUCUUUCUUUUGGGUAUUGAGGCCAAAGUCCUCUUGGAGGAGGCCAGGCCUCGGUGUAGAUUGGGUGCGAGAGAACAGGGAAGGAAGGGCUGACAUUCGCGUGGGCUCGUGUCCCUGGAAACCAGAACAUGUUUCUGCUGUGAAGAGGGGUCUGGAUGUGGAAGGGGCCGACCUGAGAGGCAUCCGCUGUCCAGGCUCCCUGAGCCAGAGCCCUGUGCCCGGAGCGGGGACCGGGCCCCUCUCCCUUCCUGUCCCUCCUGAUCCUGACGUGUCCUUUGCGCCAGACUGAAAUGUGCGUUUUCCCGAGUAGCUUCGUUCAGCAGCCUUCACCAGCCCUCCGGUUCUGACCCGAGCUGAAGUGCAAGCCUCUGUCUGCUCCGUUGCCGAGCACAGCAGGCCGUCCCCACUGGACGACGUCCCCUCUUGUAACCUCAUCCCGUCGCCGCUGGGCACUGCCACCUGGUUUUCUUCUGCCUGGAUCAGCCUUUUCCCCGUGAAGCCAGCGUGUGACGUGCAGCUGGUCCUGUGAGUCCGCUCGGCCACCAUGGUGACCAGAUGGUUAAACCCUUUGUCCGUAGCCACGUCAGCACACUCUGGGGGUGAGCUUUUCAGGCCUAGUGCCCGGAGUGAGGCGCGGCGGAGCGGGACCAGGACCACGGGAGGACAAGGGACGGCGCCUGCGAAGUCCUUACCUGCGAAGCGGGCGGGCUGAAGCGCUUGGUUAGUGUGGUCAACGGUUCAUUCGUUUGUGCUUUGAUAAGAGGGAGUCAGGGAGUCAGCGACUGUAUCACCUCAGGUAAUCGACUUAAAGGACACGAUGUUGUGUCACCGUUGAACAACCCAAGGGAGGCGGCCGGGGCCUCGGUUAACGUUGCAUUUCACGACCAGCUUGCGUGGAGAUUUGGGAAAUGAUGUCGUCUCUCGAGGUCCUUGUAGUGGUGAGCAAUGGCAGUAAUGACUUUCUGUUCACUCCUCAGUGCUGGUGCCGGGCUCGUGCGCUGAGGACCAGCCUCAUCGGCGCCUCCGGGAGGUGCAGUCGGCCCGCUUGCCGGCCGCGGGAGGCGUGUCAAGCAGGAAGAGGGGCCGCGAGUCAAGACGGGAACACGCUUUGUGUGUGGAGCACGGAGGACCCUUCGCACCAGCCUCUGACCCUCGGAGGCCACCACGAGCCGGUUACUGCCGUGGCGUUCGGAAACGCAGCGAGCCCGUGUCUCCUCUGUUCGGCCUCACGGGAUCAUGUUAUAACGUGGAGACUACAUGAGUGCAGACAAAAAGCUCUUCAAGGGCUGACUCCUCGGGGGCUGGUCGUGGGCACCCUGCUGGGAAAGGUGCUGUGUUUGAGGUUGAGCCCGGAUGACCGCGCGGCUGCCGUGUGCGCUGGAAAGAAGAUAUUUGUGCUGGAUACUGCGAGCCGGUCUACACUAGCCAAGCUGGAGGGUCACCGGGGCGCCGUGACCGCAGCCGAGUUCUGUCCGUGGCGAACACGCGUCAUCGUCUCGGUGUCUGAAGACAGGAGCUUUAAGGUUUGGGAUUAUCAUGUGGAAUCACUGAUCUACAGCUCCUCAGUGCUAACAGCCUCCCCUCUCCUGAGUCUCCUCAUCCACGCGGGGAGCCGGCAGCUGGUGACAGGAUGCGCGCAUGGCCAGCUUUGGAUCUUCAGUUUGGUUGAAGGACAUCAUUACCGUUGUGUGACACGAGUUGACCUGAAGAAGAAGAGAGAGAGUUUCUCCCGGAGGACUGAGUCCAGGCUGUGCAGCCUGCCAGAAGACAGUCCGCAUCCCAGCACCGACGGCUUGGAGGAGGGAGAGGAGGCCGAAGCAAGCCUCCCGGUCCUGGGUCUGGCGUCGUGCGAUCUGUCCGUCAUGCUCCCUGCCGGGCGUGCGGGUCAGUCUUCUGAGAAUGCCGUGUGCUUAUGGAUCGGAAGCUCCGUGGGCCUGUUCCUAUUUAACUUGGCAAGCUUUGAACUGGAAGCCGCCUUACAUUACAAGGACUUCAGGAGCCUCAGCAUUCGGGUUGCCGGGUCCUGCGCGGUGGAGAGCGGAGCGGGGGGUGACAAGGCCGUCUGCUUACUCACGUCCUUGUUUGGCCAUAAGAUCGCCUUGCUGGAAAUCCACGUGGCCGCUCUGGUGACGUCGCAGUGGAGGCACGCCGCGGGAAGGGGUCUGUCCGUGCUGCCUCGUGCCCACGUUCUGUCCACGUCUCCGCUGCGCUUCAGACCCGCUGAGGAGAGGGCGCAGCCGGCUCUGCAGGCGCCGUCUGGUUCAGCGGUGCAGCGCGCCGUUAAGGACCGGCCCCUGGUUUUCCACAGCAAAGUGAGGUCGUCUGGGUACGCGUCCACACCGCGCACAACUAUGUUCUUGCCAAAGACCAACACCAGGAGCAGCGGUGGCCGCUCUUUACCACGGAGCCACGGUCACAGUAAGGAGUACCCUUUGGAGCUUUCUCUGCCAACCAGAGUCCACAAGCAGCUUGUCCUCGCGCACGGGCCGCCCGCCGCCGCCACCUGCGUCCAGUACUCAGGAGAUGGACGGUGGCUCGCCUGCGGCUUAGCCAACCACUUGUCACUGGUCCUCCGCGCUGAUCUCGCUGGGACGCCUACUGUUUUUUCAGGUCACGACGGGCCGGUGAGCACCGUGUGCUGGAGCCAGGACAGCAGGUGGCUGCUGUCCGCUUCCCAGGACGGGACGCUGCGGCUGUGGUUGCUCCGCAGGGCAGAACACGUGUUGUGUGUGGGCAGGGACAUGUUUUCCAAGCCCGUUGGGUCUGCACAGUUUUACUACCUGGACGCUUUCAUCUUGUCGUCUUCCGGCCCCGAGCUCCAGCUCCUCAGGCACCACAUGGACGCCAGCCAGGACGAGAUCCGCAGAUACAGACGGAAGAGCUGGUGCAGACGUGUCUUCAGGCUCCGUACGACCGGCGCGACGGGCAUUACCAGUUUAUCGGCCGCGAACGACUUCUACUCCUAUCUGGUGCUUGCGGCCGGCAGGAACAGGACUCUGGAGGUUUUCGACCUCAAUGCAGCGCGCAGUGCGGCCGUGGUGGUGGGAGCCCAUUCCCGGCCUGUCCACCAGAUCUGCCAGAAUAAAGGAUCGUCAUUCACGACCCUGCAGCCGCUGCUGUAUAACCUGUUUGCCACCACAGCCGCUGGGGACGGCGUGAAGCUAUGGGACGUGAGAACCCUGAGAUGCGAGCGCUGUUUUGAGGGACAUCCAAACCACGGAUACCCCUGUGGGAUUGCCUUCAGCCCAUGCGGACGCUACGUGGCUUCUGGUGCGGACGACAGACACGUGUACAUGUAUGACGUGGGCUCGAGCACGUUUUCUCACAGACUGGCUGGACACACGGACACCGUCACUGGCGUGGCCUUCAGCCCGUCAGUCCCUCAGGCCUCUCCUGCUCCUGGAGACCAGUCACCUGUCCCGUUUCCCUCCUGCUGGCAGGCGUGUCUGUGGUCUCGCCGUGGAACCUUCUCUGACUGGCUUUUUCAUGCAGCAGCAUCCUCUCAAGACCCACCAUUCCCGUCCGCAGUCCUGGGACCUGGGCGGGCGCCCAUCCGCAGUGCCCUGUACCCCAGGCGGAGGGCGGUAAGUGCUUGCAUGACUGCGUGGCAGCUGCUGGGCACGGUGGCUGCGUGUGUGCGUUCACAGGAACUACCAGACCCUUGUCCAGAUGGCCCCUUACGUCUUACCGGGCACUGCCCCUCCCCGCUGGCUGGCGGGGCUGUCCGGGUCAGCCGGCGGGGCUGUGCCAGCCUGGCUCGGGGCCGUGCUCGCUCCGGGCGGGCUGCACGGCCUGUCGCCCGAGCCUCUUCGCCUUGAAUUCUGCCGUGUGCGGAGUGUCGUCCUCCGGCUCCCACCUCUCUCUUCCGACAGUUGUGUCUGUGCAGCUGUUCUGUACAGAAACGAAGGAGGAAAAGACGCUGGAAGCUUGAGAAUUGUAUUAAGCUUGUAGACCAAGUUGGGGAAAAGUGCCACCUUCUUGAUUUCAGCCACUUCACUUCGCGAACUUACGCGUGUGCUUGCCCACGACCCCAGCCGCCGUCACUGCCUGUGCUCUUUCUCCGUGAGAACCUCUGUCCUGAAACCGUGUCGGCUUCGGUCAUGACUCUGGUUAAUUAAUUUCCUUGUUAGUUGAUUGUGAGCUGUUUUCCAUUUUAUUAUCUUUUAUUUAUUUUAAGCUGCUGCAAAUACUUCUUGGAAGAAGAAAU